AUGGCGGAUGCUAUGAUUUCAGAAGUGGUGGGGAGAAUUGCAACUAUGUUAGAUGAUAAGAUUCGCUAUGAAGUCAAUUUGGUUAGGGGCGUGAAGGACGAGCUUCUUUAUCUUUUCAAGAAGCUCAAGACGAUCCGAGAGGUGUUGGAUGAUGCAGAAAAGAGAGAAGUGAAAGAUCAAAGUGUCAAGAGUUGGUUGAAGAAGCUCGAAGCUACAGCCUAUGAGAUGGACGAUAUUUUGGAUGAAUGGAAUUAUUCUCUUCUCAAAGAUAAGAUGGAGGCUUCAGCUGAGCGUGAGCCUGAGCGAAAGAUAGGGUGCUCCUUCAUCACAUCUUCUUGUUUAUGUUUCAAGAAUGUUUCUGUUCGUCGUGAUAUUGCCAAGAAAAUAGAACAUGUGAAAGCUAGGCUUGAACAGAUUUAUAAGGAGAGAAAUGAAUUUAAUUUUGUCAUCUCUCCGCCUUCAACUGAUCCGGUGCCUGAGUCUCAUCGAGAACAAUCCACAUCUUCAAUUGACUUCAACGAUGUUUAUGGGUCGGACAUAUAUAAGAAAAGGGAUGACAUAGUGGGGAAUAUGAUGCUUAAUGUUGGUAAUACCCAAAUUAUGUCUAUAGUUGGGACGGGUGGACUUGGGAAGACGACCCUCGCUAAGCUUAUUUUUAACAAUCCCCACUUCGAGAAGGAUUGGUUAAAAAUUUGGGUAAGUGUCUCUGAUCCUUUUAUUGUGUCUAAGGUUGCCAAAGAUAUUGUUAAAAGUGUGGGAAAAGAGACGAUUUCUCCAGAUGAUGACAACCAACUAGAACUGGUGUUACAAAAGCUAAAAGCAUCUGUUUCGGGAAUGAAGUUUCUUCUUGUUCUUGAUGAUGUUUGGACAGAAGACGAAGACAAAUGGAAGGACCUGAAAAUCAAUCUCGGAUAUGGUGCUGUAGGUAGUAAAAUUUUGGUGACAACGAGAAAUGAAGGAGUAGCCAAGAUGAUGGGUACCUUAGACGAUGAUAUCUAUCACCCAAAAGAGCUUAAUUCUGAGGAGUGUUGGUCAUUAUUGCGUGCCACAUCUCUUGCCGGAAAGAGCAAGGAGGAAUGUGAAAAUUUUGAAAAUGUGGGCAAGGAAAUAGCUAGGAAGUGUAAGGGAUUGCCCCUUGCUGCAGUUGUUUUGGGGAGACUUUUGCGGCUCAAGGAUUUGGAAGGAUGGAAACAUGUAGAGAAGAGCGAAAUAUGGAAAUUGGAGAAUGCAAAAGUAGAGCUUUUUCCACAUUUGGUUUUGAGCUACAAUGAAUUGUCCCCUGUUCUCAAGCGUUGUUUUUCAUAUUGUGCCGUCUAUCCAAAAGAUCACAGAAUUCAUGCGGGGACUCUUGUAGAAGAGUGGAUGGCGCAAGGUUAUCUAGGCGUUGAUAGUGGAAAUGGUGCAGUAGAACUCAAAGGGCGAGAGAACUUGAGAAAUUUAGCAAUGCUUUGUUUGAUUCAAGACAUUGAGAAAAGUGAAUCGGGGGAGCAGAUAGAAUGGUGUAAAAUUCAUGAUAUAGUACAUGAUUUUGCUCUAUUUCUUAGGAAGAAUGAUGACAAAGAGGGAAGCUGUCAAGCUUGUGAUUCUUCGUUGGUUUCUCAAGUCCAAGAAUAUCGGAGCCUAUUGUGGGACUACGAACCACUUGCUGACGAAAGAGACAGAAGUUAUCAAGUUUGUAAAUGCAUGAAAAGUCUUAGGGUGUUGAGAAUCAAGAAAAUUAACAGUUGUAUUCCAUUAGGAAUAAAAACGUUAAUUCACUUGAGAUGGUUGGAGGUUCGUGAUGUUGCAUUGUCAAAGGAUGACCUCGAAAUCAUAUGCAGGCUUUAUUUCUUGCAAACUCUUGUCUUAUCACAGUGCAAGCUAACAGAGAUACCACCGGAAAUUGGGAAUUUGGUGCAGUUAAGACGACUUGACUUAAGUGCGAAUAAAGAAUUAAAGGAGUUAUCGGAGAGAAUGUAUAGUUUGGUUGAAUUGCGAUCUCUUUCCUUAGCAGACUGCGAUCUAACAGAGAUUCAGAAAGAAAUUGGGAAAUUGGUUCAGUUAAGAGAACUUGACUUAAGUUCUAAUUAUGGAAUGAGGGAGUUACAAGAGAGCAUUUGUAGUUUGGUUGAACUGCAAAUCUUGAAGAUUAAUGGCACUCCUAUCAACUCCCUGCCUGAAGCAUUAGGUGAGUUAAGUAAUCUCCGCACACUGCAACUGCGCAAAUUUAAAGUAGGAAGUCAACACAACAAGUUGGGUUUUCUGGAAAAAAUAUACCAUCAUCUUAUUGGAUAUCUAGAAUUGGAAAUCCACUUUAGUAGUAUGAGUGAAAUGGUGGAAUUGGUUGAGGAUGCUCAGCGAGUAGAAGUAAAGACACUCCUUCAAAAUCUCGAAACACUUAGAAUAUGUUUCGAGGGUAAGAUGAAUGAAAUGGAGCAGUCACCAUUAUCAUCAUUAAUCUGGAUGGAGGUAGCAGAAGCUCUCGUGCCCUCUCACAAGUUGAACAAACUGGAAAUCAGUGGAUAUAAGGGCUCAAGGCUUCCGGAGUUUAUGUCAUCACCCAUCAAUUUCAUAAAAGAGAUUCAUCUGAAUGAUUUAAAUGAGGUGUCAUCACUGCCGGCUAUGGGGAAACUACCUUUCUUGGAAACUCUCAAUAUUUGGAAUGUGGAGCGGUCGAUGUUUGUCGACCGAGAGUUUUUAGGAAUAGAAUCAUCUUCAUGUGAUGAUGUUGUUGCAUUUCCUAAACUCAAGGAACUGAAUUUUUAUGGCUGCUCCAAAUGGGAGGAGUGGGAGGACAUAACGGAGGAAGAAGAAGAAUCUGCGGCCAUCUCCAUCAUGCCAUGUCUCACAAAAUUGACUAUCUCUAUGUGUCUGAGUUUGAAGAAGCUGCCGCAUCGCCUCCUGCAUAAGGUCUCCUCGUCUUUGCAGGUGUUGGAUAUCAAUUUUUCAUCAGAGCUGAUAAAAACAUACGGAGAGGACAAGGAAGGUUCAGCUUGGAGAUCCAUUUCCCAACAUAAUCCCCAACUUCAACUUUACACAGAGAUCUAAUGCAAAUAUU